UGUCCGUACCCGUACCUAUGCAACCUAGGCGUCACAUCAUCAUUUUAGGAAGCAUGUUUCUAUAGAAAUAAACAAUCUUUUUUGCUCGAAAAAUAGAAAAAGUCAUCUCUACUUCCUGUAUUUCUACUACUUCAUAUUUGCUUCCUGUGCAAACAAAUAGGCUGUUGACAAAAGGGGCAUAUGUCCCCCCCUCCCCCCAAAAAAAAAUCUUUCAUAAUAGCAAACUUAACAACCCCCCUCCCCAACAACAAAAAAAUAAAAUAAAAACCCAAAGAACCCCCAUCCUCGUGGAAAAAAAUCUUCAAGUUUGAGUUUGCGCCCAAAGUUAACAAUGGCAAUGACUAAAUGGUGGAAGUGUUAAAUGAAGAAAAUAACCUCUUCCACCCUUACCCAAAAAAAAAUAACAAAAUCUGGUUGCAAGGAGCUAUAGUCCUCAAUAGAGGCUCUAUACGAGUUCUGCAAGAAGACCUUCACCUCCUCGACCACACGUCCUCAUGCUAUCUGCAAGCUAUGUGCUCUAAUGGUGCUCUCAAGGCCAUAGAAUUAACACAGCAACUAGUACCCAACUUGCUGGAUGGAAAUGAAGACUUGCAUUUUGAUCUGUUGAGCCUUCACUUUGUGGAUCUCAUUUGUUCUAGAAAAUGCACAGAAGCUUUGGAGUUUGCUCAGGCCAAAUUGACACCAUUUGGAAAGAUAAACAAAUAUGUGGAGAAGCUGGAGGAUUUCAUGGCGCUUCUUGCUUAUGAGGAGCCAGAAAAGUCACCAAUGUUUCAUUUACUGAGCCCAGAAUAUCGGCAGAAUGUUGCAGAUGGUCUAAAUAGAGCAAUUCUUGCACAUGCUAAUCUUCCUAGUUAUUCUUCAAUGGAGAGGCUGAUUCAGCAGGCAACAGUUGUUAGGCAAUUCCUUCAUCAGGAAGCUGGCAAGGAAGGUCCUCCACCAUUUUCUUUGAAAGCAUUUCUGAAAAGCUGAAGUCGGAAGAAUGGCUGCUCAUGUAGCUGGGAAGAUUCAUAUUUUAAAACAAACUUGAAAAUAGUUUUUGGUACUGCAAAUGGGGUUUCCUUUUCCAUCCAAUGCCUUGUGGGCUUGUAAAUGUUUUGUAUCAAUAUUCAGUGACUUUUGUUCUGGAACUGACUAUGUCGUCGUAGCAAAAUAUUUAUACUUCUGGUUUGCUUCAGUAUUUCCUGACUUGUAUCAUUUAUUAGCACAUUAGGUUUAUGAAAUGAUUAAGGGUAAAAAGCCUUUUAUUAAAAAAGGCAUGUCGGUGGAAUGAAAAUUGAGGUGCUGAAAGUGAAGAAAUGCUGCAUCUUAUCGUGCUUA